AUGUGCGGGCCAGGACCCGAGCCCGAGGCAGAGCGAGGCAUCAGCGCUUCCCCCAACCGGAGGCACCUGGAGCUGCUGCAGCGAGUCCUGCCCCACAGGCUGCUGGGCUGCAGCCUCGCCCCCAACCACAAGAGGAAGCUCAAGCAGCUGCACCUGAGCAGCCAAGGGGUGCGGAAGGAGGGGCCCAGGCUCCAGGCGUUAUCGGUGAGGCCGAGGAGACGUCCUGGAGUUUUUCAAGACCUCGUGGUGAAUACCAGGCAGAACUUGGAGCAUGUUAGACACUCAAAAACUGGUUCAGAAGGUACAGUGGUAGAUCUAAAAACGAACCAUUUCCAAGUGACAUGUCCCCAGUGGAUUGCAUAUAAGUACAACGUUGACUACAAACCAGACAUAGAUGAUACAAAUCUGCGUUCACAGCUACUUUUUCAACAUGAACCAGUUCUUGGCAACUGCCAUAUAUUUGACGGAAACUCUUUAUUGUUAUCUAGAAGGCUACACAGUCGGCAGGUGGAACUGGUCAGCCGGACCCUAAACCGUAGCAUUGUGAAGAUUACACUUAACUUUUCCAAGGAACUGCAGCCCACCCACCCGGACUGUGUGCGCUAUUACAAUAUUCUCUUUAGAAGGUUGGAAGUCUUGCCUGGUUACGUUACCUCCAUUCUUCCGUAUGAAAACAGUCUUACUUUGUGUGCAGAUCUGAGCCAUAAACUACUCCGAAUGGAAACUGCUUAUGAUUUAAUAAUGAAGAUAUUUGAAAGCAAUGUAAGAAAUUUCAAAGAGAAAGUGGAGAAAGAAUUAGUUGGGCUAAUUGUUUUUACAAGAUACAACAAUAAAACCUACAGGGUGGACGCUGUCAGCUGGGAUGAGACUCCCAGAGAUACAUUUACAAAAACAGACGGCAGCCAAAUCACCUAUGUGGACUACUACUGGCAGAAAUACAAUAAACACGUCACUGACUUAUCUCAGCCACUCUUGGUCAGCCAAGGCAGAUGGAAAAAGGGCCAGAGGCUUAUGCCACGCUCGCCUAUUCGGCUGGUUCCUGAGCUGUGCUACCUGACAGGUUUAUCAGAUGCAAUGCGUAAAAACUUUUCAAUGAUGAGAAACUUGUCUGAUAGUAUGAGACCAAAUCCCAUGAAAAGGACGACAGUAUUGAAGAAUUUCAUCAAGUCUAUACGCAUAAACAAGAAUGCACAGAGAGAACUUAAACGCUGGCAUUUCAGGCUUAACGCAGACUUCUUGUCUGUCUCGGGAAGAACUUUGAAAGAAGUAAGAAUCUUCCAACGUGAUGAAUCGUUCGAGGCUGAUCCACUAGCAGAUUGGUUAAAAGGAUCAAAAAAUACAUCUUUACUUAGAGCGAUGUCAAUAAAUGAUUGGGUGAUACUUUAUACUAGGAGCUAUAUUGAAGUAGCACAUUCCUUACUUCAGAAUCUAAGGAAAGUCACCCCUGCCAUGGGCAUGACUCUGAGAAGAGCAAAGAUGUAUGAAGUAAAUGAUAACCCUAGCUCCUACAUAACCAUGUUACAGAGGUGUGUCACACGAUACACACAGAUGGUGGUUUGCUUAUUGCCUGAUGAUGGGAAAUACAGGUAUGAUGAAAUAAAAAAGUACUUAUGUGUUCAAUGCCCAACUCCAAGCCAGUGUGUGGUGGCACAUACCCUAGACAAACCCUGGACAUUACUAACUGUGACCGCAAAGAUUGCCCAGCAGAUGAAUUGCAAGAUGGGAGGAGCCCUCUGGAAGGUGGAGACAGGUUUGGAAAAGACGAUGUUCGUCGGUAUUGAUUGUUUCCACGAUAUUGUAAAUCGGCGAAAAUCAAUUGCAGGAUUUGUGGCAAGCACAGAUGAGGAAUUAACCAAGUGGUACUCUCACUGUAUCUUCCAGGAACCGGGAGAGGAGCUUGUGGAUGGACUGAAGAACUGUUUGAAAGGUGCCUUGAGUUCCUGGUUUAGAAACGUACCACAUGCACCACAAUCUAUUGUGGUCUAUCGGGAUGGAGUGGGAGAUGGUCAGCUUCAGGCCUUGCUUGACCAUGAAGUACCCCAGCUUGUGAGCUACUUAGAUCAGGGCACACAUAGUAUCAAGCUAACGUUCAUCGUGGUGAAGAAACGAAUAAACACCAGGUUUUUUGUUGAUAAAACCAGUGGAUUUGAAAAUCCAUAUCCAGGAACUGUUAUUGACAUGGUGUUAACCAGGGAGCAAUGGUAUGACUUCUACAUUGUGAGUCAGUCUUCAAAAACUGGUACCGUUACUCCCACUCAUUAUAAUGUUAUCUAUGACACUACCUGCUUGGACCCGGAUACGGUACAGCGUUUAACUUACAAACUGUGCCACAUGUACUACAAUUUGCCUGGUAUCAUCCGAGUUCCUGCUCCUUGCCACUAUGCCCAUAAACUGGCUUACCUUGUGGGCCAGAAUAUUCACCAAGAACCAGAUAAAUCACUCUCCGACUCUCUCUAUUACCUUUGA